GCGGAGAGACGGGACAGAACAGCGGAGGGCGCUCCGGCGGAUCGUGUUCGGCUCUGGUGCUCGUCCACACCGAGGAAAAGGAGAGCGGAGCGGAGCCCAUCGACACCCCGUCGCGUCGCACCGCAUCGCAUCUCGUCGCGCCGCUCAUCACGGACUCGGCUGCGUCACUUCGUGUCCCCGCGCUGAAGAAGAAUGUCCCUCAUUGAGGAGUACGAGGACGGGGAAUACGAGCGCGCGCCCAAGCGCCUGAAGACGGAAGAGGUGGAGGAGGGCGAGGACCUGGAGGAGGGCGAGGACUCGGACUCGGCGGCGUCUGCCGGGCUGCCGGCGGACCAGGAGCGUGGCUCCGGCCCGGGAGCCGAGAAGAGGACCCCCUGGGCCGCCUCCAAGCACGGGGCUGCGAGGAGGGACAAUGGGGACGACUCCCACCGCAUCGCCCCCUCUCCGGUGGUGCACGUGCGUGGCCUCUGCGAGUCUGUGGUGGAAGCUGAUCUGGUGGAGGCACUAGAGAAGUUUGGCACCAUUUGCUACGUGAUGAUGAUGCCCUUCAAGCGGCAGGCGCUGGUGGAGUUCGAAGGUGUGGAGAGUGCAGACAAGUGCGUGGCGUGCGGCACCAAAGAGGCCGUGUACAUUGCUGGCCAGCAGGCCUUCUUCAACUACUCCACCAGCAAAAGGAUUACACGGCCCACCAACUCCGACAACCCCAACAGCGGGAACAAAGUACUGCUGCUGUCCAUCCAGAAUCCCCUCUACCCAAUCACCACGGAGGUCCUGUACACAGUGUGCAACCCCAUCGGCAACGUCCUACGGAUCGUUAUAUUCAAGCGCAACGGCAUCCAGGCCAUGGUGGAGUUCGAGUCUGUCCAAAGCGCCCAGAAGGCGAAGGCGGCGCUCAACGGAGCGGACAUAUAUGCCGGCUGCUGUACCCUCAAGAUCGAGUACGCGCGGCCGACGCGUCUCAACGUAAUAAGGAACGAUAAUGACAGCUGGGACUACACUAAGCCGUAUCUGGCCAGGCGAGAGCGAGGAAAGGGGAGACAGCGGCAGGCCAUUCUCGGGGAGCACCCAUCCGCGUACAGCGACAACGGCUACGGACCACACUGCCCCCUGCUGCCUCUGCCCGGCAACAACAGGUACAAAAUGAGCUCCCAUGACAUCCCUGAGGUGGUGGCGUACCCCCUGCCCCAGACCUCCUCCUACCUGGGCCACUCGUCCAGCUCCGUCGCCAUGGUGAGCGGCCUGCACCCCACCAAAAUGAACUGCACCAGGAUCUUCAACCUCUUUUGUCUGUACGGCAACAUCGAGAAGGUGAAGUUCAUGAAGAGCGUUCCAGGCACGGCGCUGGUGGAGAUGGGUGACGAGUAUGCUGUGGACCGCGCCAUCACCCACCUCAACAGCAUCAAGGUCUUCGGCAAGCGGCUCAAUGUCUGCGUGUCCAAGCAGCACGCCGUCAUCCCCAGCCAAGUGUUUGAGCUGGAGGACGGGACCAGCAGCUACAAGGACUUUGCCAUGACGCGCAACAACCGCUUCACCAGCGCCGGCCAGGCCUCCAAGAACAUCAUCCAGCCGCCGUCCUGCGUCCUGCACUUCUACAACGUCCCACCCUGCGUCACGGAGGACGAGCUGCAGCGGUUAUGCACAGAACAUGAUGUACCUGGUUUCAUCAAGUUUAAGGUGUUUGAUGCCAAACCCUCGUCCAAGACCAUUUCAGGGCUGUUGGAGUUUGACACCAAAACGAACGCGGUAGAAGUCCUCACAGUACUCAACCAUUACCAGAUUCGGAUACCAAAUGGUUCCAACCCAUACACCCUGAAGCUGUGCUUCUCCACCUCCUCACACCUCUGAGCCCCGGCAACGGGUAUCGGUGAUGGGGACAGUGACAGAAGGAGGGUCUGUCCUGAAGGGGAGGAAACUGUGGCAGCUCCUGAACCGCAACCCACGGAAGAGGACAAAAAUGCUGAAAUAGACAAGUGCAGAACACUGAAGAUCUUUUUUGACGCCUUGCAAGGAUUUCUUUUUACGUUCCUGUGAAAUCUGGGAAGGGAAAGAGGAACUGAGACUGACAAAGCAGGAGUCCCCCCGCUGUUGUUUCCCAGCAGCCCCUGGGGCUGCCCAUGCUCAGGUGUUUCCUGAGAUUACUUGAUUUCACAUUUAUUUCUUUUCCCUCCCUUCAUUUGACUGAAGUUUAAUCUCUCUAAACUGGUCACUCAGUUGCUUACCCAAGGUUUCAUGUAGAUGCUGCUUUCAUGGGGGCUGCGGUCAGUCAUGUGACUUUUCACCAAACUCAUAGAGCUGGUUCGAGUUCAGCUUCGUUCCAUCGAUGUACGAGUGCCUGACUCCCAGAUUUGAUCUUGUUCGGUACGGCAGAAGAACAAACCUGUGUAUAGCCUGCAAUAUGUAGAUCAUGUUGUAAUAUACGUAUAAAUGUGUAUAGAAUUUGAAUGAGGUGGGGGAAGGUGGGGUGGGGGGAGGGGGGUGUGUUAAAAUUCAGCUGAAGUCCUGGUGUCCUCCCUCAGGUGAGAUGUUACUUUUCCUUAGGGAAAGGGGCACUUGGGAGAGCUCCAGGUACUGUGUUUGUACCAUGUUUGCACAUAAACGAUCCACAGUGCGUGUAGUCGUCGGUGUUUCCGGUACGCAGUCUGUGUUUGUCUUUGGCACGUCGCCGCCUCUGCGGUCUCCACUGUGAGCAUGGCGUUCAUUAAACGUUGGCCGGCCUCUGUCCCGUGCUCCUCGUGUCUGACGAGACGUGCCCCGUCUCCCCGUUUGAGUUCUGAUCUCAGUACGGUUAACCAGCGUGAUCAGAUGUUUCACCCCAGUGUUUGGUGUCGUUUUGCCGAAUGGUGCCUCCGUGUCACAUCAUCGCCUUUCUGUUCCACGUCCAUGAGCUUGUGUGUUGUAGCUGUGUUGUGAUCUAGCAUUUGGCCAAGUUAAACCUGCUAGCCGCCCGUAGGAAGCCAUAGGACCUAGAGCAGCUCCUUAGUAGGCUGUGACGUCGCCCCCCCGCUGGCAGGUAAGAUGCCUUUCCCAUGCGGUAGUUGUGUGGACACCAGAAGAGGAGUUAUCUCCCGAACUCUUUGCUCCUCUUCAAAGACAUUGCAGUGACUCCAGAGACAACCGUCAGACACGCUCCAUUGAGGGGACGCUGGCGGAGCUGCUGGGGUUUGUUCCCAUUCUCAGAAGGUGCCUGGCUGCCAUCUGCCUGCUCCUCAACAUCCUCCGGGUCCUCGUUUCAGGAACAGGAUCGAGAACUGCGGCAUUGUGCUUCUCCUGCUAAGGUGGACUUGUUGUUUUAAGUCACAUUCUGUACAUUACUUUUUACACCGUCCGCAAUUCUGUACUCGAUGGUUUAACAGUAGUUGCCCUCAUUUAAAAGAGGCCCUGCAGCAAAUAUGGUAAUUGCAUUCCGGUGUGUUUAUGCCUCCAGGAUCUUUGUUAGGUGAUGGUGUGCAGGCGAAAUGUGGGAAUAUGCUGAGGUGGCAUCUGUUUGGGGACGCAGCCUGGUCCCUCGGUUUCUCCUCCUGCAGACCAAAACAUUCCACUUGCGUGCCGUAGUGGCGGAAGGUCUGAUGAUGUUACACUGCUGAUUUCCUUUUUUUGUUAUUUCCAUGAACAAAUUUUCAAGAAAGGCUUUUGUUGACACAUGUAUGGCGCUUAAUUUUAAAAUUUCUGACCACAAGUUCAUCCAGCCAAGGAACACUAUUUCAAUUUGAAAUGUACAUAUGUGAGAAGUUAAAAUGCCAACCCAUCUUUGUACCCAAGAGAACAUCAGAUGUUUAAUAUUCAGCUUUCCAAUGCGAAGAAGAAAGGGUCUUUUGAAAAGAGAAUAUUCUGUUUGCAACAGCGACUCUCAAGUCUCCCUGAUCCAGUUACUCGAGUGUCAAAUGAGCGGCGCCUCUUUGCUCUGCUUGCUCUUUGAAGUCCACGCCUGCUUCAUGCGGAGCGGCUUGGAUCUCCCUCCAUAAGCCCCGAGGUCAACGAAGCACGCGUGGCAGUGUAUGUGUGCAGAGGAGCGUUUCUUUUUCCCCAUCAGUUUAUCUCUGUUGGUUGUUCCCGAGGAUGAAAUUGAAAAGUGGACUCAGAAAAGAGCCAUGGUGAAGGCCGGUGCCGAAGCGUCACGUUGUCCUCGUGAAGAAGCUGCCCUCUUUUGGUUUAGCUGGAGACGCACACUGCAGAUAGAAGCAGAGCUAUCUGUCCCUGUGCUGGAACGAGGCAAAACGCAUCCCAGGUGAAUAUGGAAGUGGUUCAGAUUGUGGGGAGGGGGUGGAAUUCUCAGCAAAGGACAUGGUGCGUCUACCUUGACCGUCCAUGGGUUCUUGAACCCUUCACAAAUACUUUAACUUCCUGAAGUCUAGAAGUCCUGUGUUCACCUUCAGACCAAUUUGUGACCACUGAACCAUCAGCAGUUCUAAAGGCCAGUACUGGCAUUUGCAACUGAUGGACAAAACCUUUAUUGAUCCCCCAGUUACAUUCAUUUGGAAUGCUGUGAAGACAGAUGAAGGCCAUCUGCCCAUGUCCCAUAGACAAUUAAUCCUCUACACUGACGAAGCAAAUGGUGUCAAGUGCUGAUGAACUCUGGCGACUUGAACAGCUUGUGAUGGUCAGUUCAGCGUAAACGUAACAGGCUUUUUUUUUUUGUUAGAACACGCAACAGCCACCUGCUUACUUUACAUAGUUUGUGUUUGUAUGGUCAGUGUGAAAGUACCUAGAGAACACGGGAGUGUUGUGACCCAGAAGCCCUUGCUUAUCCUCCAAUCUUCAGAGCCUGUACUUUGGCACCGCACACCCAUUUUGAACACUGCAUAAAAAUAUUAAAUAUAUAAAA